AUGUGUGAGAGAUACCCGGGAUAUCUGUUCGGGGGCACUCCUGUCAGCAGCUGGGACAGGAGUUUCAAUUCAUUGGAGAAUCAAAUCCAGCAACAAUACAGAGGUCGUGUGGGAUCAGCGGGACGUUGUUGGGGCAGUAUGUCCGAAGGCGGGGGGGUCUCCGCAGCUGGAGAUACGUGCAAGACCAACCUCAUCGUCAACUACCUCCCCCAGACGAUGACCGAGAAGGACCUGUACGCAAUGUUCAUGACAAUUGGACCUAUCGAGAGCUGUCGGGUUAUGAAAGAUUUUAAGACUGGUUACAGCUACGGCUUUGGGUUUGUGAACUUCACGAGGGAGGAGGACGCCGCGAGGGCUAUUGAGACGUUCAACGGAUACCGGCUCAGAAAUAAACGGUUAAAGGUAUCUUACGCGCGGCCGUCAGGUGACGAUAUCAAGGACACGAACCUGUACGUGAGCAAUCUGCCCAGGGCGAUAACCGAGGAACAGUUGGAGACAAUCUUCGGCAAGUACGGCCGCAUCGUGCAGAAGCAUAUACUGCGCGACAAGAAUAACGGCACGCCUAGAGGAGUCGCGUUUGUUAGAUUCGACAAACGAGAAGAGGCACAAGAGGCUAUAGCCGCUUUGAACAAUGUCAUACCAGAGGGUGGUACGGAGCCGUUAAGUGUAAAGGUGGCAGAAGAGCAUGGGAAACAAAAGGCGGCGUACUAUGCCGGCUGGGCGGCGGGCUUCCAUCACAAUAGGGGUGAUUAUUCAUGGAGCUGCGGGAACUGCAUGAUGCCGGAUCCCUGGGACAAAUUCCCGAAUCCCCCUCUAGGCGGAAGUCAUCCCAACACACCACGCAACGGUUGCCGACCUGGAGUCUGUGUGAACGCCAGGGUCGCCUACCCAAACUACAUAGCAAAUAAAGGCAAUCCUCGGCCUCCAAGGGCGGCAAGGAACCUCCCUUGGGCUCCAGCUUUCCCAGAUGAACGAUUAAAAGGGCAGAGAUGUCGGAAUGGUACAGCGCCAUAUUGGUAG